AACGAAUAUACUUUUAUGCAAAGAUCAAGUUAAAAUCUCGCAAAGCCAUAAAAGAACUGCCUACUAAACGUUUUUGUGCACCACUUGUAACACCAAAAAUAAAGAAUCUCGCUUGUGAAGUUGG